UUCUAACCCUUGGGCUUAUGUUCAUUUUUAGCUGUUGGCCUCUGUAAAAUGGUGACAAGGCACAGAAGCUGAUACGUGGCUGUUCUCAUUUACCAUCUAGAGAUUAUGGCCAGCAUGGGGAGAGCUUUUCUGAUCCUCCUUUGGACAACAACCUUGGCUCAGCCAGACGCCCCUCGGACUGCAGGAGUUCAGGUUUUCCCACCUGUUAACUUCACUCUUACAGUCUCUGCAUUAGCACAAGUACUUUUACACUGGAAACCAAACCCUAAUCAAGACAAAAACAACUAUACUAUCAGAUACGAUGUGAAAAUCCUAAGCCCUGUGCCUGAAGAGUAUGACACAAAGAGGACUCGGAGUGUCCGAACAGCUCCACUUCACAACGGUUUCUCCGCACGUGUGCGGACGUUACUUCUCCACAAUGACCUUCAGAUGAGGAGUGACUGGGUGGAGGAAAAACUCCUGCCUCUGCCAGGUGCUCCAGAAACAUCUGUCACUAACUUGUCCUGUGUUACUCACAUCACCAUUUCCAGUGCUGUUUCUCUCCAUUGCACUUGGCUUCCUGGCCAAGGGGCACCAGAAGAUACCAAGUACUUCCUAUUUUACAGAUAUGAAACAUACACUGAAGGAUGUCAAGAUUAUAUCCAAGACAAGUGGAGCAGGAAUACUGAAUGCAGAUUUUCAGUGACUCAUAUUGAUCCUGAUGAAAUUGACAACCUCAUUGUGAUACACAUUAAUGGGUCUAGCAAGUAUGCUGCCAUCAAACCUUUUCAGCAGCUGUUUAACCAAAAUGCCAUUGAGAAAGUGAAUGUUCCCAGAAAUGUCACUCUAUUCUUAGAGCAACAUGAUCUCGUGGCCACGUGGGAGAAGCCAAUUUCUCCUUUCCAUAAAGAAUGUUUUGAAUAUGAAUUUUACCUCUUCAACUUGAAGUCAGGUAACAAGCAGACCCUGAAAAUAUCCUCAAAUGAGUUCAGACUGCGGGUUGAUGUGACCAGCAGGUAUUCAGUACAAAUCAGAGCUAACCAUUACUUAUGUUCUGCAAGAGGAUUCUGGAGUGACUGGAGUGAAAUAAUUUAUGUUGGGCAAAACAAACUGGAGAAUCCCAUCUCCUGGAUCCUUGCUGUGCUUUGUGUGUCCGUGUGCUGCAUAUUCCUGGUUAUUGCUGUUAUGUGCAAAAUAAACCAUAUAUGGAGAAAACUGUUUCCACCAAUUCCAAUGCCCAGAAACAAAUUCAGAGAUCACUUCCCAAAUGACUAUGAGAGAGCACGCACCUGCACCAGCGAGACCGAGUCCAGCAGCUUCGCUGAAGAUCUUUACUGCAGUGUCCUGGAUGACUCUGUCUUCUGAGAGGGGACACCACCCAGCACUGCCAGAGCCAGCUUCAUGUCACCUCCACUGUGGUGGCCUUUCCAAGGGAGAGGAGGACUUGCUUCCGUGAGGUGCCUUGCACGACGAUAAGCUAUUAAACAGAAAGUCACAGGUGAAGCAGGGUGUAAGCACAUGGUACCUGUGUAGGAAAAAAAAUAAUCUGGAAAAGAGCUAAUGGCUUUUUUUUUUUUCUU